GAUAGGCUGAGGGGGCCAGGGGGCAGUAGCUGGAGGCACAUCCCACAGAGGAGACACUACAAAUUGGGGUGCCAGGGGCACCACGAAGCUUCUGGGAGUUCCUGCUGCAGGAGCUGGUGAUUCUCUGGGGGUGGGAAGCUCCAUAAAUUCCCAAGAUGACGGACCAGCAGGCAGAAGCCCGUGCCUUCCUCAGCGAGGAGAUGAUUGCGGAGUUCAAAGCCGCCUUUGACAUGUUUGAUGCUGAUGGCGGUGGAGACAUCAGCACCAAGGAGCUGGGGACAGUGAUGAGAAUGCUGGGCCAGAACCCCACCAAAGAGGAGUUGGAUGCCAUCAUUGAGGAGGUGGACGAGGAUGGCAGCGGCACCAUCGACUUCGAGGAGUUCCUGGUCAUGAUGGUGCGCCAGAUGAAAGAGGAUGCCAAAGGCAAGUCUGAGGAGGAGUUGGCCAACUGCUUCCGCAUCUUUGACCGGAAUGCGGAUGGGUUCAUUGACAUUGAGGAGCUGGGUGAGAUCCUGAGAGCCACCGGGGAGCCUGUCACUGAUGAGGACAUAGAGGACAUGAUGAAGGACUCAGACAAGAACAAUGACGGCCGCAUCGACUUUGAUGAGUUCCUGAAGAUGAUGGAGGGCGUGCAGUAAGAGACCCGACAUUCCUCAGGCCAGCUGCUGCACCCAGCCCUGCUCCCCUGCUGUCCAGGGAGCAGCAGCUCCACAGCAUCUGGCCCUCAGCACUGGCUGGGACCUUGCUCUGUGCCAGGGUCUUGGUCUCAUCUCACCACUGGCGGCUGAGCUUUUCCUCCCAUCUGUCACCUGUGGCUUUGAUUUGAGCCUCAAUUAAAGAGGAAAGGCUUGA